CAAUUUCCAUUCAACGCAUGAUGGGAUGUAUUUUCAGUAAUUUCAUAGUUACAGCUAUAAUGUCUCUUCGUAAAUACUCGAAAGAUCGGGCCUCUUUCAGUAAUUCCACACCACGUCCACAGAACCAAAACAUAGCAUCCUCCCGCGAAAAUCAAAGCCGCCAUUUCCCGCCAAAACCAAAAUUUCACCAAUUUAUCACUAAAACCCUACCCAAUUCACACACAAACCAAACAAUUGAACCAAAGUUGUAGGAGAAGAAGAGAGAGAAGAAACCCAGGACGCCAUGAAAAUCCGAGUGUUGAAGCUUCGAGAGGCUCACAAGAACAAUGACACAGCCUCCUUCUGUUCGAUUUUGUGGGACCUCCAAGCGGAACACAUUGUGACCUCGUCGUCUUCGGACUCAUCGAUCUGUAUUCACGACCCUCUUUUACCCACAAAUUCGCCCAAGAUUCUUCGGAAUCACAGAGAUGGGGUCACCGCUUUAGCUCUCAGCCCUAAUUCAACGUGCCUCGCCUCCGGAUCUAUGGAUCAUUCUGUCAAGCUUUACAGAUUUCCAAGUGGAGAGUUUCAGACAAAUAUCACCAGAUUUACCCUGCCAAUUCGCACGGUUGGUUUUAAUAAAUCUGGUAGCAUGUUGGCAGCUGCUGGUGAUGAUGAGGGAAUUAAACUUGUCAAUACAAUAGAUGGUUCAAUUGCGAGGGUUCUCAAAGGACAUAAAGGGUGUGUCACUGGCUUGGCUUUUGAUCCCAACAGUGAAUACUUGGCAUCAGUUGAUUCAGUUGGGACUGUCAUAUAUUGGGAACUCCAUUCUGGAAGAAUCCUCCAUACCCUUAAAGGCAUAACUCCCGACACUGGUUCCAAUCUUUCCAUCAUGAAUGUACUCAACUGGAGUCCAGAUGGGGAGACUUUAGCUGUGCCGGGUUUAAAGAAUGAUGUGGUGAUGUAUGAUAGAGAUACAGCUGAAAAGCUGUUUUCCUUAAGAGGUGAUCAUGUCCAACCUGUAUGUUUCAUGUCUUGGUCACCUAAUGGGAAAUAUAUAGCCACUUCUGGUUUAGACAAACAGCUUUUGAUUUGGGAUGUUGACCAGAGGCAAGACAUCAACAGGCAGAAAUUUGAUGAUAUAAUAUGUUGUAUGGCAUGGAAACCAAAUGGGAAUGCAUUGGCUGUUAUUAAUGUUAUGGGAAAGUAUGGUGUGUGGGAAUCGCCUGUUCCAUCAUCAAUGAAAUCGCCUGCAGAAGGAAUUCCUAGUUUACAGUCUAAGAACAGUAACGGACUCCUCUUGUUUGAUGAAGAUGAAAAGGAGCCUAGUACAUCUGGUAGUUUAAGUGAUCUUGGUGAAGAUAGUUACGGUGAAUCUGAACCACCUAGCAGAAAAAGAUUACGAAAACAGUCUGCAUAUGAUGAUGAUUUUGAUGAAGAAAACAAUGACGAGUUUAAAUUGCUUCCAAAGGUUGAAUCCCGCAAAAAAGUCUCUAGUGGCCAGAAGGAAAGCCUGAAUAAUGGAAAGAAGGCAUUAAGAAGUCCGACAACAUCUGCAGGGCCAAAACUGCAGGAUGCUUUUCAACCAGGUGCUACUCCUGCACAGCCCGGGAAAAGGUGUUUUCUGUGCUACAGCAUGCUUGGAAGUAUAACCACAAUUGAACAUGAUGGUUACUCCCAUAUAGAGAUCGAUUUUCAUGACACUAGCACAGGCCCACGAGUUCCAGCAAUGACUGAUUAUUUUGGUUUUACAAUGGCUUCAUUAAAUGAAAAUGGAAGUGUCUUUGCAAAUCCAUGCAAGGGUGAAAAGAACAUGAGUACUCUAAUGUAUCGUCCAUUCAGCAGCUGGGCUAAUAACAGUGAGUGGUCUAUGCGAUUUGAGGAAGAAGAAGUGAAGGUUGUGGCACUUGGUUCUGCUUGGGUAGCUGCUGUUACAAGUCUUAAUUUUCUCCGAAUCUUCACUGAGGGUGGUUUGCAGAGAUAUGUACUCUCUCUGGAUGGGCCAGUGGUGACUGCAUCAGGCUUUAAGGAUGAACUUGUGGUUGUCACACAUGCUUCUCCUUCUCUUCCCUCAAAUGAUCAGAUGCUAGAGUUUAGAAUGUUCAACGUUUGUAAUGGGACCCAGCCCAUCAGAGGACGUCUUCCAUUGACACCUGGUUCAUGUCUAACCUGGCUUGGUUUCAGUGAAGAAGGUCAAUUAUGUUCUUUUGAUUCUAAGGGUGUGCUGAGGGUGUUUACAGAUCAAUAUGGAGGCAGCUGGCUCCCACUCUUCAGUGCUAGGAAAGUAAAGAAGCCAGAUGAAAACUAUUGGGUUGUUGGCUUGAAUGCAAGCAAGUUGUUUUGCAUUGUUUGCAAAUCUCCUGAUUCAUUCCCACAGGUCAUCCCCAAACCAGUUCUCACGCUAAUAGAUCUUUCAUUUCCUCUACCAUCCUCUGACCUGGGAGCAGAAACCCUUGAAAAUGAAUUUAUAAUGAAAAACAUGCAUCUCUCACAGAUUCAUAAAAGAAUUGAGGAAAUGGCAGCUGCCAAUCAGGACACCAAUUUACUUGAUGACGAGGCUUUCAAUACAGAAGCAGCUCUUGAUAGAUGCAUCUUGAGGCUCAUUGCAUCCUGCUGCAAUGGUGAUAAACUUGUGAGGGCUACUGAACUUGUGAAACUUCUGUCACUUGAAAAAUCAGUUAAAGGUGCAAUAAAACUUGUAACCGCUCUUAAGCUUCCUAAUUUGGCAGAGCGAUUCAAUACCAUAUUGGAGCAAAGAAUGCUAAAUGAAACUUCGGGGAUUACAGCCAUACCACUCCCAACCUCAAAUUAUGAUACUGCCAUCAAAGCUGAUGCUGUGAUCAGCAACAAGACCUUUUCCUCAACUGAAAGAGGUAGUACUUCAGAAUCCGUUAUUCCAUUACCAUCAGAAAAGUCGUCAUCCCCUCCCUUCACAAAGAGAGGGACGUCGGAAGAGCCAGCUAAAGCUGGAAAGGUGAAAUUAGAACAAAAUCAUACUGCAAAACUGGACAAAGUAGGGGAGUCGAAGAAUGUAGGAGGGCAAAAGAAUGCCAGGGAAGUGAAGAAUGCAGAAGAGCCAAAGAAGUUAGGGGAGGUAAAUCUGGUGGAACCAAUUCGCCCCUCUAACCCUUUUGCUAAGUCAUCAAACAACCAAGAGAAAUCAUCUCUCUUUGAUUCUCUAAAGAAGUCAAAGAAGCUUGACAGCACAGGUAAAAAAUAAAGAGGAAACGCAAGGAAAAACAUGCCAAGCCUUUUCUUUCCCCCUCUUUUUCUUUUUUCUUUUUCCAAAUUGGCAUGAAUUAUUUAUGUUGUACAUCAAAGAGGCACUGGAUCUGUUUUUAUAUAUUUGAUCAAUGUAAAUGCUUCUAUUCACUUGCUGAAGUUUGGCAAAAUGUGUUCUUUGGGGUUAAAA